AUGCCAAACACUGUUUUUGUUGGUGGAAUUAAUGAUAGGAUGGAUGAAACUGAGGUUCAAAGCUGCUUUGGUAGAUAUGGUUCAGUUAAAGAAGUGAAGAUAAUCAUGGAUAGAACUGGUGUGUCCAAAGGCUAUGGAUUUGUUUCCUUUUUUAAUGACGUGGAUGUCCGGAAGAUAGUAGAAUCACAGAUACAUUUCCAUGGUAAAAAGCUGAAGCUGGGCCCUGCAAUCAGGAAACAAAAAUUACGUGCUCGUCAUGUGCAGCCACGUCCUUUGGUAUUUAAUCCUUCUCCUCCACCACAGUUUCGGAAUGUCUGCAGUAAUCCAAAUGCUGAAAAUUACCUGCAGCCCCCAAUAACACUGAAUCCUGUUCAGGUGAGAACUGCUUACGUUCCUUCUGCUGCAAAUCCUGAGGCUCCAAACUCAACCAUCUCCAGAGAGGCCAGCACCCAGUCUGCAUCAGCUGCAGCUAGCCAAGGCCAUGUUUUACCAGAAGGCAAAAUCAUGCCAAACACUGUUUUUGUUGGUGGAAUUGAUAAUAGGAUGGAUGAAACUGAGAUUAGAAGCUACUUUGGUAGAUACGGUUCAGUGAAAAAAUUGAAGAUAAUCACGGAUCGAGCUGGUGUGUCCAAAGGCUAUGGAUUUGUUUCCUUUUUUAACGACGUGGAUGUCCGGAAGAUAGUAGAAUCACAGAUGCAUUUUCAUGGUAAAAAGCUGAAGCUGGGCCCUGCAAUCAGGAAACAAAAAUUACGUGCUCGUCAUGUGCAGCCACGUCCUUUGGUAUUUAAUCCUUCUCCUCCACCACAGUUUCGGAAUGUCUGCAGUAAUCCAAAUGCUGAAAAUUACCUGCAGCCCCCAAUAACGCUGAAUCCUGUUCAGGUGAGAACUGCUUACGUUCCUUCUGCUGCAAAUCCUGAGGCUCCAAACUCAACCAUCUCCAGAGAGGCCAGCACCCAGUCUGCAUCAGCUGCAGCUAGCCAAGGCCAUGUUUUACCAGAAGGCAAAAUCAUGCCAAACACUGUUUUUGUUGGUGGAAUUGAUAAUAGGAUGGAUGAAACUGAGAUUAGAAGCUACUUUGGUAGAUAUGGUUCAGUGAAAGAAGUAAAGGUAAUCAUGGCUCGAACUGGUGCGUCCAAAGGCUAUGGAUUUGUUUCCUUUUUUAAUGACGUGGAUGUCCAGAAGAUACUAGAAUCACAGAUGCAUUUCCAUGGUAAAAAGCUGAAGCUGGGCCCUGCAAUCAGGAAACAAAAAUUAUGUGCUUGUCAUGUGCAGCCACGUCCUUUGGUAUUUAAUCCUUCUCCUCCACCACAGUUUCAAAAUGUCUGCAGUAAUCCAAAUGCUGAAAAUUACCUUCCGCCCCCAAUAGCAGUGAAUCCUGUAACUCAGUACGUUCAGGCAUAUCCUACUUACCCAAAUUCACCAGGUGCAGUCAUCACUGGGAAUCAGUUGGCUGUAUAUAAUUAUCAGGCAUUGCCUAUUUAUCCAAAUUUACCAGUUCAGGUCACUACUGGAUAUCAGUUGCCUGUACAUAAUUAUCAGGCAUUUCCUAUUUAUCCAAAUUCACCAGUUCAAGUCACUACUGGAUAUCAGUUGCCUGUAUAUAAUUAUCAGGCAUUUCCUGUUUAUCCAAAUUCACCAGUUCAGGUCACUACUGGAUAUCAGUUGCCUAUAUAUAAUUAUCAGGCAUUUCCUGUUUAUCCAAAUUCACCAGUUCAAGGCACUACUGGAUAUCCGAUGCCUAUAUGUAAUUAUCAGGCAUUUCCUGUUUAUCCAAAUUCACCAGUUCAAGGCACUACUGGAUAUCCGAUGCCUAUAUGUAAUUAUCAGGCAUUUCCUGUUUAUCCAAAUUCACCAGUUCAAGGCACUACUGGAUAUCCGAUGCCUAUAUGUAAUUAUCAGGCAUUUCCUGUUUAUCCAAAUUCACCAGUUCAAGGCACUACUGGAUAUCCGAUGCCUAUAUGUAAUUAUCAGGCUUUUCCUGUUUAUCCAAAUUCACCAGGUCAGGUCACUACUGGAUAUCAGAUGCCUAUGUAUACUUAUCAGAUGCCACCGCAGUAG